CCUAUAUCAUCAUAUGCACUAGGGGGCGGUGGGUAGUAUGAUAUAUCAUCAUCAUUCGCCUUUUUUAUUAUUUAUUAUUUUAUUCUUCUUUGAUAGCGAGUAUAUUAUUGAUUCAACUAUUCGUUUUGUUUGUCUGUUUGCCCCCCAGCCAGCUAAGCCGGUCUAUGUAAACCAACCUCACCUCACCGCUUCUUGUUCAACAGAUGGAUAUGUAAUGCACGCACGCACAAGCAGGCACGGAGAGGGCUCAGCGUCUAACUCAACUCACUUACUCGCUCACGUAUACAUAUAUGUAGGCAUGUAUGUAUAUGUAUAUGUAUAUGUAGGUAUGUGUCGGUUCUAAGUGGACGGGACGCGGCUUGUCCGUCCCUCGAACAGAAAACCCGGGGUUCCCUUGCUCUUCUUCCCCCCCUCCCCUUCCCUUCUCUCUGCGUGUUCUGACCUGCUCAUGCACGACUGCCGAUCCCUGCCGAACUGUGUGCGUGGUCAGAGUCGCAUACCUACCGACUACCCUAAAGAUAUAUCCAAGUAUUGUAUGUAUGUAGGUAUGUAUUGUACACUACAUCACCGCUGCCCCCCGCGCCGGAACGUGGUAUAUCCUAUGUAUCGUCUGGAUAUGUAUACUUAAC